AAAUAACUGUAGUGCUUCAGCCCUAGUCGUGCCGGCUUAAUUUUGUUUGCUUGCUGUGCUGCGCCGUUUUAUGUGAGAGAGCAAUAACAAAUCAACUGCAAGAAAUGGGUCUGCUUUCCGAUCCAUCGUUGUCCACGCACAACAAGCUGGUGGACAAUUUGGCCAAGCAUGUGCGCAAACUGUGCCUCGCCCUCUACACAGCGGGUGUGGUUUGGUUUCUGUGUCUGGCGAUGCCCGAAUUCAAUCAUGGCACGUACCUAUCGGAGAAUGCACUGUCACCAGGUCUUGUGUACCCGGAGAUACGCAUCGAGGCGAAUCGCUUGGCUGUUCAGCUGUUGGAGGAAUUGCAGCGCGAACGUAAGGAGCAUCAGUCAACAACGCCACACGCCUGGAUUGCUGCCAAAUUCCAAGAGUUUGGUCUCGAGACGCACACACACAACUAUACGCUGCGAUAUCCAUUUGGCGAUGGCAAAGAGUUUCAUGGCAAGAACAUUUAUGGUAUAUUGCGUGCACCACGCAUCGGUUCCACCGAGGGUAUCGUCUUCUCAGCUCCAUAUCGUGUGCCUAGCUCGGUCCAUGUAGACAUUACGCCCAGUGUGCCACUAUUGCUCGCCUUUGCCGACUUUGCCAGACGUAAGAACUAUUGGGCCAAGGAUCUCAUAUUCUUGGUAACCGAACAGGAGCAGCUGGGUAUGCAGGCGUGGCUAGAAGCCUAUCAUGAUGGCGACAAGGAAUCCGAUAGUUCUGAUGCCUAUUUGCGUGCUGGAAAUCUGCCAGCACGUGCCGGCUCCUUGCAGGCGGCAUUAAACAUUGAAGUGCAGGAUUUGGAAGUUGAUUACAUUGAUGUGAAAAUUGAAGGUUUGAAUGGAAAGUUGCCAAACUUGGACAUGUUCAAUUUGGUGCAACGCAUUAUGGCACGUGAAGGCGUCGUCUCCGGCUAUAAGCACACACCGCGCAAGAAGCGUCGUUCCCAUCAAUCGAACUAUGAGCAAAAUCUGCGCCAAAUGCUGGCCAUGCUAUCGUCUCAAGCCUCGGGUGUACCGAAUGGCAAUCACGGUCUGUUCCAUCGCUAUCGCAUCGAUGCGUUGACCAUAACAGCAUCGAAGCGGGUGACCAAUGCUAAUGUGAAGAGCAAUCCAACGUCAGCGGCGGUGCCACUUUUGAAGGCCAUUGAGGGCAUUGCACGCAGUCUGAACAAUUUGCUGGAACGCUUUCAUCAGAGUUUCUUCUUCUAUGUGAUUGUGAAUAAUGAUCGUUACAUCUCCAUUGGCGAUUAUAUGCCGGCAUUGAUAGCGCUCGUUGCCUGCACAUUCAUCAAGGCCUAUCUCACCUGGUCGACACUGGAUGUCACCGUUGCUGCAACACAAUCAGAUCCUAAAAGUGCUGGUGGGAAGUCAACAUUGGCCGCCGAUACAAUGAAACUCUCAUUGCCCUAUGGCUCGGUGUUGAUCUAUCUGACAUUUGUCCUGCUCAUCGGUUAUUGCGGCAAUGUGUUGCCACUGCAGGAAUACUUUUCGAAAUUACCGUUGAGUGCAGCCCCAUUAACUGCGAGCAUUCUGGUCGGAUUGAAUGCGAUUGGAUUCGUGUUGCCAUUUGUAGUUACUUUACCGCCGGGCGGACUGGAGCUGCUUCACAUUGGUCUGCUGCUCAUUUACGGUUGUGCUAUGAUCGUCAUUGGAUUACUGAACUUUUCCUUGGGCUUCUUUGUGGCUGUGAUUUCGAUGCCCUUGAUAAUUGCUCUGAAUACGAAGGCGAGCGAUAAAUCGAUGCGUAAUCUGACUUGUGUCUGGACUUUGUUAUUGAAUCCAUUGGUUAUCAUCUAUAUUAUUGUGUUGAUCAUGAGUUUCUAUCAGUUUCCUGAGCUCACCGCACUGCAAUUAUUGCCACGUGCCGCAUCGGCUGCCAUGGAUGCAGCCACUUUUGCUCUUAUUGAUUCAGUGAUCUAUGGCAAUUGGCUUUACUUUGUCGUUUGCACCAUUUUCCUGCCGCUCUGGAUUAUUAGCUGGACACUGGUGGUGGGCAAGCGCCGGGAUGUUGAGAUUACUAAGACUAAGCUGAAAACCAAUUGAUUUAACAUUGUAUUAUUUCCAUUUCUGUUUAAUAUGAUAUUUUAAUAAAUGAGAUAUGUAUGCGUUAGAA